UAUUUGUGACCGUUACUAGUGAGACCAGUUUUAUAAUCGUAACUUCAAAUGGUCAAUUUGGUUAAAACAGUUUGCAUGCAUAUGAUGGAUCAUAUUAGAAACGUUUUCAAAUCGUUGCUCCUGUUACAGUGCAUUCUGGGCCUGUCUGUAUGUAUCGCAGGAAAUUGUGAUGGGACAGUAGAAAGUGAAAAGAUCACAAGGACACAAUCUAAGUACAUUGAUGUCAUGCCUGGUGAUCAGGCUGUUAUGAACUGGACAUGGUGCAUCGCAGUGAACAGCUCAAUAACGGGCAUCAUUGUGUACAGAGUGACUCGUGAAAACUCACAAAUAACGAAUCGUGUGGUAUUGUCAAUGGAUGGGUCAAAGAAAGUACAUUAUCGCCGAGACAAUUCAAGGCAUGAAAUUUACAGUGUAGAAAUUGAGCCAAGUCUACAAGAAAAGGCAGUUUUUACUAUCAAUAACGUAAGCAAAUUGGAUAGUGGGGAAUACAGCCUGCAUGUUCGAAGAGUGGGAUAUCGUGAUCUUCAUAAUGAAAUCAACGUAAUUGUUAUUACUGACGAACCAACAGUCGCACUCCGUCGUUUGCGAGCAACAUCAAGAAUACAAGGAACAAAGUUGGUAUUAACCGGAAAUAUAACAGAUUUUCAGACCAGCCGUGUGCCGAUUACUCAGAGCCGUGUAUCAACGAAAAAAAUCCUCAUUGUUACAGUAGCUCUCCUUGCCAUUUUUUUCAUAUUAGUUUUGUGUAUAUUUUGCUGGAUGAAAUGCAGGAAGCGUGGAAACAAAGCUGGAAGCUCCGAUCAGGAUCUCCUGGUGCAUGAAAAAGCAGAACAUGUCUGAAGCUAGAUUCUUGAGCAUGCAUCACUGAGCUAUAUAAUAAUUC